AUUGUGUCAUUGAUAAUAAUGAAAAAAAAAACCAACAAAAACUGCGUACAGCAAGUUUUGAUUUCAGCCCCUUUUUUCCACCCGUUUAUUACAUUCCCCAGGUCUCUCUUUCCCUCUCUCUCUCUCUUUUUUUUUUUAUUUUACCCCAGUGUCAAUGUAUGAGUAAAAUAAAUGUACAUACUUAUUGGUUUUUACUUGUAAUUGUGGUUGUGAUUUUACAUCGUCUGUCUCACUUAAAUCAAAUGCUCUUCAAAAAUCCUCAGUAUAAAAAAAAAUCAUCAUCAACCAAUUUCAAGCAAUUUAACUUAAUAAAUAUAAUAAUAAUAAUAUAAAUUGAUUAAUUUUUCUUUCAACAAACAAAAAAAAAAAAUAGAUAAAAAUUAUUUAAUAUUUUUUGGAGCAAUUAAAACGAAAUUACAAAAAAUUGAACAAAAAAAAAUAAAAAAUAAAUGUGCCAAAUGUGUUGUUUGUGUUGUGUUUAUAAAAAACGAUAUAUUGGUAAUUUAAUCUGUUGAACAAGAAUAAUAAUAUAAAUGAUAAUGUUAUUUGAGAAAAAUAAUAUUAUCAGAAUAAAAUAUUAAAAGAAAUAGAUUAUUGAUAAAAUAAAAAAAAAAUGAAAUGGCUGGAACGAUCGUAGCUGGGUCAAAUGGACCAUCAGACACAAAGUCACUUAUUGAUAAUGAAUCAUCAACAACGUCAUCAUUAUCAACAACAACAACAGCAGCAACAUCAACAACAACAGCAACUCGUAUUGACAGAAAACGUAAACACGAUAUUUAUUAUGGAAAAAUGACAAUGACAUCUGAAAAAUACAACCAAAAUAUUAUAAAUACAAAUAACAAAUACAAUUGCCAUGAUUAUCAUCAUAAAUAUGUUGAUGAUAAUAAUAUUAGCCGUCCAAAUAAUUAUUCAUCAUACAAUAAUGGAAUAUGUAAUUCUGGAACAGUAACUGUUCCAUUGUGUCUUCUUGGUGAUGUACAAUUAAGAUUUUUAUGUCCUGAUGAUUUAGAAGAAGUACGUGCACUAUGUCAGGAUUGGUUUCCAAUUGAUUAUCCUGAUUCAUGGUAUGAAGAUAUAACAAGUUCAUCACGUUUUUAUGCACUUGCUGCUGUAUUUGGUAGUGUUAUUAUUGGUUUAAUUGUUGCUGAAAUAAAACCAUUUGGUACAUUAAAUAAAGAAGAUCAAGAUAUAUUAUGUUCAAGUUUUGGUAAAGAUUCACUUGUUGGUUAUAUAUUGAGUCUUGGUGUUAGACGUUCAUACAGAAGAAAUGGUAUUGCAUCAUUAUUACUUGAACAAUUAUUAACACAUGUUACAUCACCAGAACGUUCAUCAGUUAAAGCUGUAUUUUUACAUGUAUUAUCAAGUAAUGCACCAGCAAUAUUAUUUUAUCAAAGAUGCCAAUUUAAAUUGCACACAUUUCUUCCAUAUUAUUAUUCAAUACGUGGUAUAUGUAAAGAUGGUUUUACAUAUGUAUUAUAUGUCAAUGAUGGACAUUCACCAUGGAGUUUGUGGGAUUGGAUGAGACAUUUAGCUGGUACCAUGGCUAGUCUUGGUCCUUGCAGAGUACCACAAUGGAUAUGGCAACGUUUAUUAUGGGCAGCAACACUUUUAUCUUAUCACAGAUGAUAUUUAUUUAAUUAUCAUCAACAACAUCAUCAACAACAACAACAACGUUAUCACCAAAUACAAUUGUCCAUUAUUCCUGGAUAAUUAUUUUCAAUAUUAAUUUUAUUUAAUUAUCUAUUAGCUUGAAUUUUUAAAUAUAUAUUUUACUUUUUAAAAUAUAAAAUAACAUUAGCAGGGAAUAAAAAAAAUAAACUUCCAUAAUUAAAAUUUUUGCAGGAUAUUACAAAAAAUAAUAUAUUAAAAAUAUUUUAUUGUUGAGAUAUAUUUAAAUGUUUUUUAACUAAAAAAAAAAAUACUCUUUUAUAUGCACACUAACAAGAAAAAAAAAAAAAAUGACCAAAGAUUAUUAUUAUUUUUAAAAAAUAUUAAUUAAUAUUAUUAAAUGAAAAUUAAUAAUUUUAAAAAAAAAUAAAAAAUAAACAAGAUUAACACUCGUGUGUCGAUAAAUUCUGAUAAUUUCAUUUAAUAUUAUUAACAAUAAACACAAAGAUUAUAAAAUAAUUUGUUUAUAAAAUAAUAAUAUUAAAAUAUAGCUGUUUCUUUUUUUUUUUUUGUCCUCAUUAAUUUAUAAUAAUGUUAAUUUUGUUGUUAUUAUUGUGUGCAAGAUAUUUUUCAUUAUAAAUUAUUUUUCUUUUUGUUAAUAAAUAUAUAUUUAACACAUUGUUUAUUGUCAUGAUAAUAAAUUAUUAAAGGAUAUUUAAAUAUUUCAUGUUUAUUAUUAAUAUUAAUAGAUGUAUAUAUUAUUAUAGUGUAUUAAUACUGUUUUUUAAUAAUAAAAAAAUUAAUUUAAAAA